AUGCCCCGACCCCUCCUCCUCCCUAGUACUGCUGCUGCCCGUCAGAGCUUCUUCCUUCGUGCUUCAGCUCGUUGGUCCCCUUGCUGCCCCUCAUCCUCCUCUUCCUCAUCCUCGAUUCAUUUUCCCUCUUCAUCCGCCCGCAUCCCCCUCCGCUGCUGUCGUUGCAGUUGUCGCAACUCGGCUCUCUGUCGCUGCUCCUGCUGUGCUCACCCCACUUCGGCUUCUUCUAGAUCUUUCACUACUUUAUCCUUCUCUAAUAAACUGAACCCCUCCUCUCUCCCCAUCCAUCCCUCCUUACGGGCAUCAUCCCUACGUGCACCCUUUUCCACCAAUUCCCUCAAAAUGGCCCAGGAUUACAAACUCAAGGACAUCACGUCCCUGGCGGACGUCAAGGACAUGGACAAGGUCGAGUGUGAAGUCGACGGUAUUCAGGAUGGCAAGGUCCUCUUGGUUAGGUAUAAUGGUCAGGUUCACGCUAUGACCCCUAAAUGUACCCACUAUGGUGCUCCUUUGAAAUUGGGUGUCGUGGCUCCUGAGGGGAGGAUUACUUGUCCUUGGCAUGGUGCUUGCUUUAAUGUCGAGACUGGUGAUGUUGAGGAUGCGCCGGCCCCGAAUGCGUUGAAGAAGUUCGAGGUGUUUGAGAAGAAUGGCGCUGUUUAUAUUAAUGCCAAUGAAGCCGAUGUUAAGGCGGCUCAGAGAGAUCCUGCUGUCAAGUGUAGUGCUUCGCAGCAGGAGAAGUUGGUCGUCGUUGGCGGUGGAAGUGGUACCUUUGGUGUGGUCCAGGCGAUCCGGGAGAUGAAGUACAAGGGUGCCAUCACUGUUAUCACCCGCGAACCGAACCUCAUUAUUGAUCGUACGAAGCUGUCCAAGGCAUUGAUUGCGGAUGCCGCGAAGAUCCAGUGGCGGCCUGAGGAGUGGUACAAGGAAGCUUCUAUUGAGGUCGCCCAUGAUGAUGUGACGGGCGUUGAUUUCCAGAAGAAGACGGUGGCUACUAAGUCUGGCAAGUCGUACCCUUACACCAAGCUGGUCCUUGCGACAGGAGGUGUGCCGCGCACUCUCCCACUGGAAGGGUUCAAGGACCUUGGAAACAUCUUCGUGCUCCGCACCAUUCCAGACGUGCAGGCCAUUCACCAGGCACUGGGCGAGCAAAAGAACAAGAAGGUCGUUGUCAUCGGCAGCUCCUUCAUCGGUAUGGAGGUGGGCAAUUGCCUUGCCAAGGAGAACGACGUCACCAUCGUCGGCAUGGAGAAGGCCCCGAUGGAGCGUGUAAUGGGCGAGCAGGUCGGCCGCAUCUUCCAGGGUAACCUGGAGAAGGCGGGCGUCAAGUUUAAGCUCUCCGCCAGCGUAGACAAGGCAACUCCCUCCAGCAGCGAUUCCAGCAAGGUCGGCGCAGUCCACCUGAAAGACGGCACCGUGCUUCCAGCAGAUCUGGUCAUUCUCGGAGUGGGAGUGCGUCCCGCGACUGACUUCCUCCAAGGCAACCCAUCCGUUACCCUCGAGGAGGAUGGGUCCAUCAAGACCAACGAGCACUUUGCGGUCCCCGGUCUGAACGACGACGUCUUUGCUAUCGGUGACAUCGCCACCUACCCGUACCACGGGCCAGGAGCAGAUCAGGACAAGGGCACAUACACCCGUAUCGAGCACUGGAACGUGGCCCAAAACGCCGGACGCGGAGUAGCACGCGCAAUUGUCCACAGCGGAUCAUUGCAAUCCCUCAAGCCCAAGGCGUUCAUCCCCAUCUUCUGGUCCGCCCUGGGUGCCCAGCUGCGCUACUGCGGAAGUACCGUGGGCGGAUGGGACGAUCUGGUGCUGAAGGGAGAGCCCGAGAACGCCAAGUUCGCUGCGUAUUACUGCAAAGGAGACACAGUGGUGGCCGUUGCUACGAUGGGUAUGGACCCGGUGAUGGUCAAGAGUGCCGAACUGAUGCGGCGCAAGAACAUGCCGACCAAGUCGCAGAUCCAGAGUGGGGUGGAUGUGUUGACUGUGGGUGUGCCUGAGUCUGUGAGGAUCUAG